AUGCCGUUGAAGAAGACAGAUUCCUGGUGUGGCUGUCCAUCCCCGGACACGACUCGCUUCGCCCUCCUCGGCGUGCUCAUUGCCCUUUACAUGCUGGCUGGCGCCGUCUUAUUUUCUUCUUUGGAGAGAUCAGCAGAAAUGUUGAGCCACCAGCUUUGGGAGAAGAGGCUAAGGGACUUCACCGGCGAGCACAAUAUCAGUUACCAGGAUCUAAAUUCCCUUCUGCGCCACUACGAGGAGGCCAGGACGGCGGGCAUCCGUGCAGAACGAGGCAGAGCCCUGUGGGACAUCCCGGGAGCUUUCUACUUUGUGGGGACUGUGGUGUCCACCAUUGGAUUUGGAAUGACGGCCCCAUCCACAACAGCAGGGAAGGUCUUGCUUGUUUUCUACGGCUUGUUCGGCUGCUCGGCCGCCGUGCUCUUUUUCAACCUCUUCCUGGAGCGAGUCGUCACGCUGCUGAGCCUCCUGUUAAACCGGUGCCACUCCAACACCUUCCAACACGACCGACUGGAGGCAAGAGUCGGCGGAGUUGGCCCCAAAAAAGACGAGUGGAAGCCGUCCACCUACCAAGUGACUCUGAUCCUAUUCGCUGCCGUCAUGGCCGUCGCCUGCAGCGCUGCCUCUCUUUACUCGGCCAUGGAGGGCUGGACUUACUCGGAGUCGCUCUACUUCUGCUUUGUGGCCUUCAGCACAGUGGGCUUCGGAGACUUUGUGAGCGGCCAGAGGAAGCAACAUGAGGAGAUCCGAGCCUACCAGGUGGCGAACUGCGUCCUGAUGCUGCUGGGUGUGUGCUGCACGUACUCUCUCUUUAACACGAUCUCCACGAUGGUUGGACAAGGACUGGACUGCAUGAUGGCGACACUAGCUAGGAUGUGUGGUCCUUUCUGCCUUUGCAAGCUGAGACGUAGCUGCCUGUCUGACUGUGGAUCACCUACAUGCUGUCCUCGUGUUCCUCAUGCAUGUGAUGAAUGCCACUGUGAUGGAGCUAAAGUGGAAACCAUGUAGACCUGAGACCAGUGAUCCUCAAACGCCUAAGAAUUACUUAAUUUAGUCGGUGCGAUGCCAAGAGGGACGCAUGUGACCUCGGAGAACAUGUUUGUUUUUUUGCCGUACCAGAAUUUGAUGAAGCACAUGUACCACUUGGCUUCACUGUAACCACGGUGGGUGACGGGGAAAGACUGGUGUGUUGUUUCCUUUAAGGUUAACAAGCUUACAUUGUUAUGCAGAGGAAUAGAUACAACAAUUUUAUAGACAAAUUAUACUAUUUAAUGUCACGGUGGAGAGUGGCGGGGGCCUAAAAUAUUUCCUUCUUCCUAGGCAGAGAAAAUAUUUGAGACUUAAUUAAACAUUCAAACACAGUGUUACUGUUCAAA